GUGUUUGUAAGCCGCCAUUACUCUAACAGAAGGAGAUUUCCAGUCUUCCGAUCCAUUAAGCUCGCGCUGAGUUGCGUCGCUGCGCUUGUUUACGCGUCCGUGCGCGCGCGCGCGCUUUCAGCGAUUAUGUAAAGUGACUCGCGAGCGCAGAUUCACUCGCGAUGACUGGACGAUUGUGGACCCCCGAAGCGGAGGAGACGCUGAUCGAGCUCUGGCAGGAGUCUGCGUGUCUGUACGACAUCUCCUCCGCAGAUUACCACAACCGAGAGGAGAAGGACAAGCGCUGGAAGGAGGUGGCCGAUGCGCUGCAGAUGCCCCCUGAGGCGGUGGCGACCAGGGUGGCGUCUCUGAGGACUCAGUACGCCAGACUGAGGAAGUCCAAAUCCAGCCGGAGCGAGAAGAAGCCCCUCACGAUGAGGCAGCGCUGGCUCCUGAGGGCCCUCGACUUCCUGAAGCCACACAUCGUUCAUCGGCGAAGCGAGAACUCGCUGGGCUUGCCGUCCUCUGAUAAAGCGGAGGACGCUCUGGACGAGUCGGAUGAAAUGUCUCAGGAGACGGAUAAAGAAGUGGAUAGCUUCGACUCCAUCAGUGUGUGUCUCUCCCCGAUGCCUGACACUCCAGACACCGGGAUCCCUGAGGAAACAGCCUCGUGCUCUCCGUCUCCCCGCAGCACAUCCGGCAAACGCACACGCUCCUCCGAACCCGACAUCGAGCUGCAGAAGCUGGAGGUACUGAAGCAGAUGUCCGCUAAGGUCCUGGAGAACCCGUCUCUGGACGCCGCGGCGGUCUUCUCCAGCCAGGUGGCCCUCGAGUACCGUCUGCUCCGAGACCCCAGCGUCCAGAUGCGCGUCCGCAGACAGAUCAUGGCUCUUCUCUACGAAGCACAGGAUUCAGAGAGACUUCCCCGAGCGUCCACGAGACACGGACAGAGAGCGCUCAAAACAGAGGACGACGUCACUUGGAUUAACACUAACAUAUAAAUUAGAAAAAUUAUGUUUUUUUACAUUGUACUGAACUGUUUUUCCUAUAGUGGAGGCUUUGAGAUAAUCUACAUGUGAAGUAAUAAAACUCUCCAACUCUU